AUUUAAAUACUGACUGAUCGAGCGAUUGAAUUUAUAAAUUUGAGUUUCUUUCCCAUAGGCUGGAACGUUUCUGAGGGUGUCUUGGAAGUCGUGUCAUUUUUUGAAGGAAAGAACUGAAAUUUUAUUCCCGUUACUCCAAUCCCACAAUCCCACUAGAGUGUGUCUGAAAACCUAAAACUUUGAAGCAAAGCCGAUCUCCCCUAUCAAGUAAAUAUUGUUAUCAACUGGUUGUUUACAAGGUUACCGAAUACAAAUUAACUUCGUAAUAUUUUAUCCGGUUAUCAUUUUGGUUUUAUUUCUAACGGUAUCUAAUUUCCUUUCAGUUUUGAUGUGUUUGAGUCUCUUACUGAAGUGUCUAUGCUCUUUGCCCCGCGUCAGUUCUGCCGUCAUCGUUUUGACUUUCAGCUGAAAACUCGGAUGUAAUAUUCGUGCACCACUGAAUGGAAGAGGCACUGAAGAGACAAAACGAGCUUGAAAUGUCACUAGAAAACAGAGAAGUCGACGUCGUUGUCUUCGAAACAGCAGUCUGCGUCGUCGUUGGUGUAUUCGCCUUCUUGGGAAAUGUCCUGCUGUGCUUUUCUCUGUACAAGACUCCAGGAUUCCGUGCGCCUCAAAACUACUACAUCAUGUGCCUUGCAGUCACCGACAUGUUGUUCGCAGUCUUGUGCAUGCCAUUCUUUGUUGGAACUCUUAUUAAAGGCAAGUGGAUUUUUGGUGAUACUUUCUGUCAGGUUCAGGGAAGCUUCAUAUUUAUUCUUGUCAACGCCUCGUUGUUCACCAUGGCCCUCAUCGCCGUCAACCGAUUUUUCAAGAUGACUAAAGCUGGGAAACUUUAUCGCAGGAUUUACAGCAAAAGAAACAUUUCACUGUCAAUCCUGUUGGCCUGGACGGUUUCAUUCACGUUAGUGGGGGCCGUGUUUUCGUUUGGAAGUCAAGUGUUUCGCUUUCAUCCCGGAAAAUUUCUUUGCUUUCUGGACAUGACUCAUAGUCAAGGCGUGCGUUGGUUUAGCAUAGCUGCCUAUGUCAUGGUUAGUGCUGUCGUUUUUCCAGUUAUGAUAAUCUGCUACGUUCAAGUCUACCGGAAAGUUAGAGCGCAUUUUGCUGAAAUCGCAAUCUCCGGUCAUGUUCGCCAAGCUUCAAGAUCCUUCGUCAAUGAAGCAAAGAUAACGAAGAUGUUGUUCGUCACUCUCGUUGCGUUCCUCGUCUGUUGGACCCCGGCGAUCAUCACGGAUGUUUUUGAAGCUUUCUAUGGCCAAUAUUCCCUUCCAAGGCAAGUGUACUUCUGGCAGAUCAUAAUGUUUGCGAGCAGUAGCGCUGUUAAUCCAAUCAUUUAUGGUUUUAUGCGACAAGAGCUGAGAAUGGCGUACAAAGACGUUUUGACUUGUAAACGCUGACUAAGAAGUCUCCUAUGGCAAUGAGCCGAACUAUUAAAAUCUUUAAAACUUACAUAGGGCUGAAACGGACUAAAGAUAUCAUCUUAUUUGAGCAUUAUACGUCAAUGCGUUCUGAUAAUGAAAUAAUCGCUUCUUUCUGACAAAUAUAUGUUGACCACUAAGAGUUCACGGUAGGGAGGCCGUGGCUCGGAUCAAUUUUCACCAAUAGGAAGGAGGUUGUGGUGUGGAGGAAGGGUUCUGGGAGCGCAAGGCAAGGUAAAAGUAAUGCGAAGUCAAGUUAGAAAACGUCGCAUGGGGCCAGAGUCUUACAGACGUGGGAUUCUGUGGCAUACGGUGGGUUAACGUAGUUCUACUUUACCCUGUUAGGAUGCUGUACUCAGCCAUAGCAUUUAAUUAAUCGAUCUUAGUGAAGAGAAGGUCCCAAACACAUCGAAAUAACCACCCACUUUGUUAUGUUUCGCGUUGUUUGACCGACGCAAAUUUCACAUUUUCAAAACAUGCUACGAAUGUAGCUCAGGGACGUCACCGUUAGACGCUACCUGGUAACGAGCCGAGGUAACCUGGUAACGAGCCGAGGUAACCUGGUAACAAGCCGAGGA